UACAGACUAGAUGCAAGGCCUGAAAUAGAUCUGCGAUUCAGAAGCUUUGAUCCAAAAUAGAUCUAUUACCUAAAAUAGAUCUAAGAUCGAGAAUAGGUCUAGAUACCACAAAGAGAUCAAGAAUAAGUUCAUAUAUGGAUGCAAAUUGAACUGGUUCAAAUGGAUGGAUACUUCACAGAUUUGCCAUAUCAAUGUCCCAAAUGUGGUAUCCUUGGACGAUUUGUGUCAAUAUCAGAACUUAAACACCAUCUUGCUUCCCAUCAUCCUUCACUCUCCCCGAAGUCAAGAUUAUAUUAUGAUUCAAUCGGGAGACGAUCACCAUUCACAGAAUGUUUGACUUUAGAGGCAAAGCGACUCGAAGAAAAAUUGAGAGCCGCCAAAGAAAUGGAAUUAAUGAACAAAUACUCAUAUAGAGAUGGUGAUUUUAAAAACCACCAUUUUGAAAUGGAAUUACCAUAUAUGGAAAAGCCACAUAAUCACAGCUAUGGUGCAUCAACUGAACCCCACUUAGAGGAAACGAGUUUUGUACAAAAAGGUGCCAUGCUCUCAGACCCUUAUUUCAAUUCUACACACAAACUUAGCAUAUCAAUGUCAAAGGCACAAAUUACAAUUGAUAAACUAAGGAACGAAAUAAAACAGAAAGAUGAGAAUUUAGAAAAGGCAAGUAAUGAACUAGAAAAUUUGACGCUAGAAAGACGCAGGCUUCAAAGGGAUAUUUUGGAACUGUCCAAAGUUAGUGAUGAAAGUAUUGAGACUGUUGGAGAAUUAAAGGGAAAGGUUCAAGAGAAGAGUAAAACAUUAAAGGAGAAAGAUCAAAUUCUUAGACACAAUCAGGAGAUCAUCAAGUCAAAAGAGAAGGACAUAGAAGAGCUUACAAGGUUUAUCACUGAGGCUGCAGACAAAGAAUCCGUUGCUAGGGUGAAACUGGAAGAAUUUAUGGAGUCAUUAUUACAUCGAGCAGAGAAAGCAGAGACAGAACUCAAACAAAUCAAGACAGGGGAUAGUAUCCGUAGAUCUAACAGUGUCUCUGUGAGAGGCAAUAAGCCAACAACCAAUGGAUUAAAAAGAUCUCAGAGCUCUGUUUCUGGGGGGAAUAACAGGCACCAGGGGACCCCUCAACAGGGGACUGACUAUAUGGGGGCUAGAAACCAGAGAACUCAAAGCCCCUUAAAAGUAUAUACAAGUUACGAGCAGCAAUGCUCCCAUAAUCCUCAAGAAGAGACCUCUUACAAACCACACAAAAAUGCACAGAGGAAAGUCCAAGCAGAUUAUGUCAUACCUGAGCACAAGGAGUCCCCAGCUUACCAGGGGUCAUAUAGCUUCCAACAGGCAUCUUACCCUAUCUAUACUGAUUCAGGUUUAGGAUCUAAUUCAACCAGUUCAGGACAAACAGUUGAUGCAUUUAACAGUCAGCCAAGGAUGUCAACACCUAAACAGAGGGGAUAUGACCCCAUGAACCAAGGUACUUUUAAUGACCAUGAACCACCUGGAGAUUUUAUCAUAGAUGAAAAUGGAGUAAUGUGGGAUGCAGGUUCUAAACCACAAUCUGAUUUGAACCAUUAUGAGCAACAGUUUCAUCCUGGUGAUCAAUUGGUGUAUUCAGCAGCUGAUUCUCAUGGUAUGAAUUCACCACAGAAAAAUGAUUAUUCCCACCCACUGCCCCAACCCCACCACAGUCAAAAUGGUGCAAUAAGACGGAACAUUGUCCCUGAUGAAUAUGACGAAAUAGAUAGUGACUCUGAUGAAACAGUAGCAGGAAAAACAACAAUGAGACGAAAUCGUAACCAUCGUCAUCAUCCUAGUCUUCUAUCUCAAGAGCGUGAUCUCAUUGAAGCGCUAAAUGUAAACUCUGAAAAAGCCCUCAAACAGCAACAAAAGGAACUGAUACGUCAGCUUAGAGUAUUAAAACGACAAAGGCGCGAACUGCGUGUAAUGCGAGGCAAUAACACAGAAACUGAUGAUGUCACAACUGUUACCGUGACAGAUACAUCAAUAUCAGUAACUGAUGUAACUACAACAACGAACAAUAUGCACGACGAUACUGAUAUUGAAGAUGUCGAUUUUUAUGCUUUGAAUGAGCAAAUUAUAAAUCAACGACAACCAAGUGUGUCAACCAAUAAUAAGUACUCAAGAUCUAGUCCAAAUCCAAAUAAACGAACAAACAAUGCACUAAAGGGGCAAAUCCAAGCUGCGCAUGACAUCGCGAUGCAAAAGCGGAGAGAUGCUAUGUUUUGUGUUUUUAUGUAUCUUGAUACAAAGACGCUUGGAAAGAUGGCGCUGGUAUGCAGAGAAUGGCGGGAUAUCAGUCGUCAUCCAGCAUUAUGGAGACGUGUUAAACUAAAACAUACAAGAAUCUCUUCUAAGUUUUUGGUGACCUUGACCCAUUGGUGUACCCAACUCCAGUCGUUAACCCUUGAAGGACUGAGACCACGGCAACGCAUCCAGAGUGAAUCUAUUGACGUCUACUUGAGAAAUACAAGGGGCUGUCUAGAAAAUGGCUUAGAGCAACUCUUUAAGAGUGUCCAGCAUACGUUGAUAUCUCUUAGGAUUAUUGAUUGUUCAAAUAUGCUUACUCAGAGAUGCCUAUGGCUUGCCAGCUGCUACUGCAGGCACCUGCAGAAAUUAGCAUAUAUCAGUGAAUCUGAUCCUGCUGGUUAUGAGGUGAUCUGGGCACUUGGAGCUGGAUGUAGAGACUUAUCUACCCUCAUUAUACCUCCUAUGCACCCAAGUCAACAUCCAUAUCGCUUCAACAACAGAUGUCUACGUCUUGUGAGUCAGUGCUGGUCACAGCUACAUGUUCUCUGUAUAGGUGGCGUUGAGAUAAACCAGAAAGGUCUCGUCAACCUAGCGAAGAAUUGCCCAAGAUUGCAAGUCCUGGAGCUAGAUCAUAUAUCUGAAAUGACUGAAGAGACAUCUAUUUUGAUGUGUAAGCAAGGAUUGAAGGGACUCGAGGCAUUGGAUUUCACGUUCACUCCAGUCACACCCAAAUCUAUACUUCAGUUUAUAAGUGCCUGUCCAAAGUUGAAGAGUUUGUCCGUACACAUAGGAAUCUCAGAUUACUUUGAAGAUAUUCAGGAUGACAGGAAUAAACGUGAUUAUGAGCAAAUAGUCUCAAAACUGAAGGUGCUACUGAAGAGACCCGGUGUGAGGGGUGUUCUACAUUUGAGAACUGAUUAUGGAUAG